AUAGCCAAUGAAUACCAAAAAACAUAAACAAACUAACAAUAUUUGUGUAAAGAGGGGAAAAUACUGAAGUAGGCCUGUCGUGUAUUGCUUUUCUGAUGAUUAUCUAAAUGCCUCCUAUAUUUUUCGCUUAGAUAUGUUUCACGUAUUCAAAUAUCAUGCUGUUGCUGAGGAUCUCCGUCUUGGUCGUUCUUUGUUUGAGUUACACCACCAUCGAUGCAAACGGCUGUCAGACGGGAAAUCAUAUCUACAAUUACAUUCAUCUACCAAGUGAUAUCAUACGCUUCAGUGUUAACACGAGUUUGGAUUUUAAUACCACGGAAGGACAUUUUCUGUUGACGUCGAAUUUCUCCCAGAGUCCAUUUUAUUUUAACAUUACAGUGAGGAAUGAUGGGUCAAAUAAAUUUAAAAUCAAGAGUACCUGUGAUUUCAACAACAGCAUCGAGUUUGAGCCAACAGAAGUUAAUGUGCACAAGGUCACAAUAUCAUAUGAAAAGGGAUACAUCAUGAUCAAGCACAUAGACGGAUCGACAAUAGCCAAGUCGCCACAGAAAACGUUUAUGCCAAGAUACUUUUGGUAUAACAGAAAUAUUCAGAUUUCAGGGUGCAUAAUCGGGUUGGAUGAACAAUGUAGUGCGGAGUACUCAGUGAAUACUAUCACUCAGUCAUUAGAGGUGAAUUGUGCACUAACCGAAUGCGUUUGGAACAUCGAUGACAGAAAAGACCAAUUUGAAAAAUGUGAUACCAACUGUGAACACAAGAUUGCAAACUGCACCGACUAUCUUGCAAAGUAUGAGACUAACGAUAAAGCCAAAGUUAGUCCUGCCACCGGAACACCUAUCCCUGCCCUCGGAACACCUACCCCUGUCAUUGGGACACAUAUCACCGCCUCUGGGACACAUAUUACGAUGAAUGCAAAAAAAACCGAGAUGCAGAGUGGUGACAGAACUGAGCAGAUUUCUACAGCAGACAUGGAUCAAAGCGAAAACAGUAAAACGAUUGGAAACUAUAUUGUAGGAGAUAGUAACACUGGCUCCAGCUUAACGACAGUUGCAACAACAGCCAUCGAAAGCGACGACACAUUCGUUAACUUUUGGUACCAGUUAAUUACCGCCAAGUACACGGAAUAUUGCAACACAAGCCUCUCGCAGGAAACAAAUACAACAAAUGUGAAAGAAACGUGGACCCCAUGGUAUGACCGGGAUAAUCCAUCUGGAACCGGAGACUGGGAAACGGUAUCAAAUCUAUUAUCUGAGCACCCAGCAACAAUGUGUGCAAAACCAAUAGGUAUUGAGUGCCAGACUACAGCCGGACAACCAUAUACAUCAACAAAUGAUACAGUUACUUGCUACCCGUCGAAUGGUCUUGUAUGUGAGCAGGCUGAGAAUGGAUAUUCCUGCGCUGAUUACAGAGUUCGUUUCUUAUGUUCAGGUUUGGAUGACCAAUGUAGUGCGAUGUAUUAUGAGACCAUUGCCGCUCAGUCGUCGGAGGAAAAGUGUGCACUGACAGAAUGUAUUUGGAAAAUCAAUAAUGAAGUACGCCUAUUUAAGGAGUGUAAUGCUAACUGCACACACACGAUCAGAAAAUGUAUCGGUUUUCCCUCCCAGAAUAAUGACAACCCCACUGCUGCUACCGGGACCUCUCUACUGAUGAACACGGAUAAAAACGUACAGAAUCAGAAUCGGGUGGUUCUAACAACAGCUGAGCCGCAAAAUUUGCUAUGGCAGUAUAAUACGGCAGAUCAAAGCAAAACCGUUACCACGACUGGAGUCGAAGUAAGGGAGGGCAGUGGGCCCAGCUUGACGACAGAAACAACAGUCAUUGAAAACAACGACACCUCUGAUAGACUUUUGCAGCAGCUAAUCACUGCAAUGUAUACUGAAUAUUGCAACUCCAGCUUCGGCCUCAAAACAACAACUGUGACCGGACUAACUGAUGUUAGAAACACGGAAGUAAGAUCAACAGAGAAUGUUGGGAAAACAGAUGAUAUUCUCGAACCUGGAAUUCAUUGGACUUCAGGUAUAAUUUUGCUGAUUGCUUUUACUGGAGCUGGUGUUGGCACUUUCGUGAUUGGCAGUAUGUUUGUCUUACAUGGCUUAAUACAUGACGUACUACAGCCUAGAAAAGGGCGUAAAGUCUCGCCUGAAGAAGCGGCAAGCUAUAAGUAAAGAAGUAACGCAACGGUGGAGGUGAUAAUGUAAUUAAUACUAAUUAACUGUUUCAAGUUUAAACGUAUUUACAGUAAUGUAUACCAGUAUGUACAUAGAGUGAAAUUGUGUGGUACCUGCAACUGUUUAGUGGAUACCUGCAACCGCCUUUAGGAAUAUAGGCAUGGUGCAAUAAGAUAAAAAUGGAGUGUAAAAACGACAGAAAAAGCAAGAGAAAUGUCUUGCACAGUCCACAAAAAAAAAACCCGUCAAGGCCGCAGAUUUCUUUUGAAAGGUGGGAGGUGAAAGUCGUGAGUCUACACCCCAGUGCGAAAAUUUAAAGAAAUAGUACUUCAAGAUGGGCGGAAAUGACACUCUUAUAUAGUAAAACGCAUCAUCAUCAUCACAUCAUCAUUAUAGUUAAAAUGAAGCUCCAACAAAUUCCUCAUUUAUUUACCAGAAACUUGUUAAUAACACAUACUUCAUGCCAUUAACUUCAUAUUUUUUAAAAAUGUACAAGAGUUUUAAGUUAAUGAUCUUCUUGAUUGAAUUUUAUUACUUCGGUUCCACAAAUAACAUUACAUAAAAUGAGCAAGCAUUAAGUACAGCUUAUAAAAUUACAUUGCGGUCAAAAAGUUGGGUACAACAUCCC